GAAUUCAAAAAAAGAAGCAGAUCUAAACCUGGCACAGGCCCGCAUGAGAGACCUUGAUGCUCAGCUGUACGCAAAGGAAGCGGACUUAGCAACAGCUUUGAAUGAGAACCGAACUUUGGAGAACGACCUCCGUGAAUUAAAGGAUCAAGUAGUCACUCUGCAGCUGAAACUGGAAGAUACCAAAAAGCAUCUCCAGAAUGAAAUGUUGAGAAGGGUGGACCUGGAAAAUCAUUUAAAAACUGUGCAGGAACAAAUGAUGUUCCAGAAGUGCCUUCAUGAAGAUGAGCUCAAGGAGACAAAGCGAGUCCAUGAGAGCAGGAUAGCAGAAAUAGAAACUGGCCGUCUGAAAGAAUAUGAGAGUAAGCUCUCAGAUGCUCUGCAGGGGCUCAGAGAACAACAUGAAGAACAAAUUCAAGGAUACAAAGAAGAGCUGGAGCGAACAUACACUGCAAAAGUGGAGAGUGUCCAGCUCAAUGCAGCAAAAAGCAGCGACGCUGCCAAUACUGCUCGGGAGGAGCUGAUGGAAACAAAGCUGAGAGUUGAAACUCUGGUAUCUCAAGUUAAUGGAUAUCAAAACCAGAAUGUUGCUUUGGAGAACAAAAUAAAAGAGCUAGAGGAGAUGAUUAAUAAUGAUCGUGAUCUCCAUCGAAGGCGUAUGGCUGAAAAAGAGAAAGAAAUGGCACAAACCCGGGAGCAGACGCAAGCGCAGUUGGAAGAAUAUGAGCAUCUCCUAGAUGUGAAACUGGCUCUGGAUCUGGAAAUAAAUGCCUACAGAAAGAUGCUGGAAGGAGAGGAACAGAGGCUAAUGCUGUCGCCCAGUCCAUCUCUGCACAGCACUGCAGCUCAGGCAACAAGUCAAGGGCGACGGUUCCUGUACGGGAAGAAAAGGAAAAUGAAAGAAACCAAAAAGAGAGGGCAUAGUGCUGGGUUUAAGACUGUUCAGCACGCAUCAUCUUCUGGAAAUGUAUCUAUUGAAGAGAUCGAUGCUGAUGGGAAGUUUGUCAGGCUUAAAAACAACUCUGACGAGGAUCAAACGCUACAUGGCUGGUCGUUAAGGCGACAUCUUGGGACCGUGUCAGACGUAACAUACAAGUUUCCUGCGCGGUUCACCCUUCAGGCAGGCCAAGUAGUUACGAUCUGGGGAGCAGCUGCUGGUGUAAGCCCAGGUCCUAGUGAUCUGGUCUGGAAGUCCCAGAAGUCUUGGGGAUCUGGGGAUAAUAUUGGCGUUACACUCAUCACGAAUGACGGUGAGGAACUCGCGGAGAGGAAGAUGACGCAGGUGUUCAGGGAAGAAAGCAGCAGCGAGCAAGAUGAUGACUAUGAAGAGAUAACUGGAAGUGAAAUAGAGUUUCCAUCUCAG